UCCUGGGCGGAUGGUUGGGACUUGCCGCAGCAGCUGCGGUUCUGCUGUGUCAUGCAAGAAGAAGGAGGCGGCGGCGGCGGCCGGAGCUGGAGGGGGAGGAGGGGAGGAACCUGAUCUCCCCGGUAGCGAAGGGCUGGAGGCAAACACCGAGCUCCCCCAGAGCCGCCCGGGGAGCAGGGAGGGCUCCGCUACCUCGGGGCCCUCCCCGCGGGGCCGAUGGUAAUUCAGUAUCCAGACUCUCUGAGCUAUGUUCUUGGGAGUCAUGCAUUUCAUCUUUAUGAUUUUCCAUAAAUUUUUGGAUUCAUAACCCACUCCGUAGUUGAUACAUGGAGAUUGAAAUAUGGUAUGUCCAAUAUGCAGAGGGAGCAGAGGUGAAUCAGACGAUGCACUGUUAGUGGGAGAGAUGGACAGGAAUAUUUUAGUGGAUAAACCAAAUGACCAGUCUUCAAGGUGGUCAUCAGAGAGCAAUUAUCCACCCCAGUAUUUGAUUUUGAAGCUCGAAAGACCUGCAAUAGUCCAGAAUAUCACGUUUGGAAAAUAUGAGAAAACUCAUGUCUGCAAUUUGAAAAAAUUUAAGGUCUUUGGUGGAAUGAAUGAAGAGAAUAUGACAGAACUGCUCUCUAGUGGAUUAAAAAAUGAUUAUAAUAAAGAAACAUUCACCUUGAAGCAUAAAAUUGAUGAACAGAUGUUCCCUUGCCGAUUCAUUAAAAUAGUUCCCCUCUUAUCCUGGGGACCCAGCUUUAACUUUAGCAUCUGGUAUGUUGAACUUAGUGGCAUUGAUGAUCCUGAUGUAGUACAGCCGUGUCUCAACUGGUAUAGCAAGUACCGUGAACAGGAAGCCAUUCGCCUUUGCCUCAAACACUUCAGGCAACACAACUAUACAGAGGCCUUUGAAUCACUGCAAAAGAAAACCAAGAUUGCUCUGGAACAUCCUAUGUUAACAGAUCUGCAUGAUAAACUGGUGCUGAAGGGGGAUUUUGAUGCUUGUGAAGAAUUGAUUGAAAAGGCUGUAAAUGAUGGCUUAUUCAAUCAAUACAUCAGUCAACAGGAAUACAAGCCUCGAUGGAGUCAGAUCAUCCCAAAAAGUACCAAAGGUGAUGGAGAAGACAAUAGGCCAGGAAUGAGAGGGGGCCAUCAGAUGGUUAUUGAUGUUCAAACAGAGACCGUUUAUUUGUUUGGUGGCUGGGAUGGAACACAGGAUCUUGCUGACUUCUGGGCAUACAGUGUGAAGGAAAACCAGUGGACCUGUAUCUCUAGAGACACUGAGAAAGAGAAUGGUCCCAGUGCCAGAUCAUGUCAUAAAAUGUGCAUUGACAUUCAACGAAGGCAGAUCUACACGUUGGGCCGUUAUCUGGAUUCCUCUGUGAGGAACAGCAAAUCCCUGAAAAGUGACUUCUAUCGUUAUGACAUCGACACAAACACGUGGAUGUUGCUCAGUGAAGAUACUGCUGCAGAUGGAGGACCAAAACUGGUGUUUGAUCAUCAGAUGUGCAUGGACUCAGAAAAGCAUAUGAUCUACACUUUCGGCGGUAGGAUUUUGACAUGUAAUGGCAGUGUAGAUGACAGCAGAGCCAGUGAGCCACAGUUCAGCGGUCUGUUUGCUUUCAACUGUCAGUGCCAAACCUGGAAACUUCUUCGAGAGGACUCCUGCAAUGCUGGACCUGAGGACAUCCAGUCUCGGAUAGGACACUGCAUGCUAUUCCACUCAAAAAAUCGUUGCUUAUAUGUAUUUGGUGGCCAGCGAUCGAAGACCUAUUUGAAUGAUUUCUUUAGUUAUGAUGUGGACUCUGAUCAUGUAGACAUAAUCUCAGAUGGCACCAAGAAAGACUCUGGAAUGGUUCCAAUGACAGGAUUCACACAGAGAGCAACUAUUGAUCCCGAACUGAAUGAAAUACAUGUCUUAUCUGGACUUAGCAAAGACAAAGAAAAGAGGGAAGAGAAUGUUAGAAAUUCAUUCUGGAUUUAUGACAUUGUAAGAAACAGUUGGUCUUGUGUCUAUAAGAAUGAUCAAGCUGCAAAGGAUAAUCCAAGUAAAAGUCUUCAGGAGGAAGAACCAUGUCCAAGAUUCGCCCAUCAGCUUGUAUAUGAUGAGUUACACAAGGUUCAUUAUUUAUUUGGUGGGAACCCAGGAAAAUCUUGCUCUCCAAAAAUGAGAUUAGAUGACUUCUGGUCACUGAAGUUGUGUAGGCCUUCAAAGGAUUACUUGCUGAGGCAUUGCAAGUAUCUCAUAAGAAAACACAGGUUUGAAGAAAAGGCCCAAAUGGAUCCCCUUAGUGCUCUGAAGUAUUUACAAAAUGAUCUUUAUAUAACGGUGGACCAUUCAGACCCAGAAGAGACAAAAGAGUUUCAGCUCCUGGCUUCAGCUCUGUUCAAAUCUGGUUCAGACUUUACAGCGCUAGGCUUUUCGGACGUGGAUCACACCUAUGCCCAAAGAACUCAGCUCUUUGACACCUUAGUCAAUUUCUUUCCUGACAGCAUGACACCCCCUAAAGGCAACCUGGUAGAUCUCAUCACACUGUAAUGGAACAGUCACUAGAUGGAAAUGGAAAGCAGCGCUCUGCUUGCAGUCUUGCGGAUUUCAGCUCUGUUGACCGGCAUACACGGGCUGCAGUGAGGACUGCACCAGAGUUGGAAAGGGAUCUUUAUUGUCACAAGUUUUAACCCUCUUCCUCCAUACCUGACCUCAGCCCCCUCCUCCACCUCCUGUUCUUAAAUUAGGCUAAUAAAAUAAAAAUGGUUUACUUUC